AUGCGACAAGCCAUGCUGCGGACAUUUUCCCUUCUCACAAUACUGUUAAUCGUGAAUUAUGGCGAGAGUAUAUACCUUAUAUAUUACGGCUGCUCUACGGAAGGGAGGAGCACGAGGCAGAAGAUAUCGAUACAAUCUUUUAUCGAAGGUUGGAAGAUGUUUAUAUACAGACCGACGAUUCAAAAAAAAGCAGUACCGUGCUUUAAAAAGGUGUGCGGGUGGCGAAGUAAAGAAGUGCGGGGAGAAAAUAGUUCUCAACUAAACAUUAAGAGCUGGCUCGCUGGUGCAUACCUCGACGACCGGCGGAUCAAAAAAGCGAUUGCGAUAUAUAAGCGUGUGGUGGCAGUGCGGAGGGAGACUCUGGAUGAGAAGGAUCACUCUCGACUGGGAUCGGAGCACGCUCUUGCCAGUGCAUACCUUAAGGAUGGGCUCGCUCAAGAGGCUAUUGACCUUCUAAAACACGUCGUGUCAGUCGAAAGUCAACUCUACGCCGAAGACGAUCCUGAUCGGCAGAUCUCAAUAGACUUGCUUGGUGAUGCGCGUGCACAACUAGAAGCGGAAUGGGAAACGUCGGAGGAUGAUAGUGAAGUAUCAGGAUGCAGUCAAGACCUUGUACCGGACCGUGUGAUUGCGUCAUUGUAUCGAGAAAAAGGUGUUUCUUGUCGAGCUGGUGGUCGUUGCUGCCCGGACCCCCACACCGAUUUGGGUUUCCACACCAUCCCUCCAAGCCUGGGUCUCGUCCAGCGGCCCGCUCCUGCACGGUUUCGCAGUGUUCAUCAUCUUCUCGCUCUGAUCGAGGUUUCCGUGCCUGUAGCAAGGCCAUACGUGCAAUCUCCCUGUCUGGAGACCGCUGCUGGAAGUCCAGAAUAUGAUCGUUUCGAAAUCCUAACCGGUAGGCCAGGGAAGCAAAGCCGCAUAGGACGCUUUCGUCGGCUCUCUCUGGUCCGACAUUGGCCACACGCCAUUCCUCCGAGCUGGUCACGGGGCCGCCACCCAGGGUUGUUAUACACCCCACCCCACCACACCAUGGCGCUUGGUGGAUAAGGUGUAAAAUUAGUAUAGAAACCCGUCGUGUUUGUAAUACAUGGGCCAGUCUCGUGUAUGUGGUGUACAUCGGUGUACACGAAACCCCUGUAACACUAAUCCAGACAAAUGCGAUGUAUAAUCAUGUGGGCUCAGCAGCAUCAUCAUUAUUCAGCCACGAAGUAACUUGUUCAACGGCGUUAGUCCCCGCCAUGGAAGCCAAUCUCUGCCGCUCAUCGUCUUCUAAGACAGAUAGGAAAAAAGGAUUAAUAUCAGCAACGAGCCCCGAGCGGUACCACGAGCGCAAUACCAUACAGAUAGCAACGAUCACGACAUCCAACCUGUUGCGUAGUUGUGUGACCAUAUUCCUUGCCACCGAGAAUAAGCGCUCGCACUCUGCCGACAUUGACUGAACGGUAAAGAU